AUGGAUAUGGAUAUUAUUCUCAUUUAUCAUGAACAAAAUAAACAGAACGGGCAAGUUCUCAAUCAUAUUAAUAUCUAUACAAAAUGGAAACAACAUGGAAUUACUAUUGCUGGAGGUAAUGAAUAUGGCAAUCAAUUAAACCAACUCACUCGUCCUCAAGGUAUCUAUGUUGAUGAUGAUCAUCAAACUAUUUAUAUUGCUGAUUGUUCGAAUCAUCGUAUUGUUGAACGGACAUAUGGAGCAAAGAAUGGUGAAAUUGUUGUAGGUGGAAAUGGAAGUGAUCAAUUGAAUAGUCCAACACAUGUAAUUGUUGAUAAAAAGAAUGAUCCUCUCAUCAUUUGUGAUCAAGGAAAUAGAUGA